UGUGUGUGUGUGUGUGCGUGCGCGCGCGCUAUUUCUAAUGUCAUUACUAAAAGCAGACAGACGGAGAGCGCAGGAGCAUCAGAGUCUGCAGCAUAUGAGCUCCACACGAGUCUCCACUGGAACACAAUGAUAUAGAGUCAAGCACUGUUCGCACUUUUAACAACUUUGGGGAGCAAAAUAUAAUAUUAUCCACAGUGAUCAUGUCAGAAUCUGUACGGAAGAUGUUGAGGGCGAAGCUCGUGGUGCUGGGAAGAGAUAACAGUGGGAAGACAGCUCUGUGUGUCAGAUUUAUCACCAGACGUUUCAUUGGAGAGUAUGAACAUAAAAGGGAGGUCACCUACAGAUGUCAGAAAAUUGUGGACAAGGAGGCGAUUGAGCUGGAGAUUUUAGACACUGUUAAUAAGGAAUGUGUAGGUCCUGCGGCGUCCUCUCUGGAGAGUUCCAUUAAAUGGGGUGAUGGGUUUCUCAUUAUAUACUCUGUGACGGAUCGCAGCAGUUUUGAGGCUGUGUCGCGCCUGAAGAGACUGAUUGACCACGUUAAACAAACGCUUGGUAUUCCAACAGUCAUCGUUGCCAACAAAUGCGACAUGGAGAACGGCCGUGUGGUGAGGACAGAUGAGGGACAGGCUUUAGCCUCAGACCUGAGGUCAGUAUGCUUUGCUCUUACUGAUAACUCCACAGCUAUAAGUGAUACGGUCAGAUUCACUAUAGGCAGCGGAGGCACUGUCCUCACUAACACAACCUGA